GCUAAAUUUAGACAAAUUAGUAAUUAGUUUAACAGAAAGUGAAUGAAUAACGAGGGGUGAGUGUUAUGGGCGUUCUAGAUAUAUUUAUAACUUAUGCCAUCUGCAUCGAUUGUUUCCCGUCAGCAGGUCUCCAAUAAUGAUGUUGAAAGUGGUUUUUUAAUGAAUCCAUUAAAAUGUUCUCGAUUAAAUGCAAUCAUUUAUUGAUUGGCCUGUGCGUCGUACACUUUUGUUCGUCGGAAAUAGCAUCGUUUUAUGGAUCCAGCUACGUCAACGUACCUUAUCAAGAUGCCAAAAGCACGACAGAAAUCAGUUUUGCAUUUCGGACCAAACAUUUAGAUGCAUUUCUGUUCUUGGCUGCUGGAAAAACGGAUUACUGUUUCGUCUUGUUGGAAGCAGGCAAGCUCAAGGUAAAGAUUAAUCUUGGAGCUGGUGAAUCAGAGAUUUCAUCUCCAAGAGGACUUCGGCUUGAUGAUCUCAACUGGCAUCUUGUAAACAUAUCACGGAGGGAAGGUGAUUUAAAUUUGGUGGUAGAUAAAAUACAUGUUGUCAGAGAAAAACUACCAAUUGGAUUUUACGAGCUAAAUAUGUAUGGUGGCUUGUACAUUGGUGGUCAAGGAGAUUUUUCAGAACUGUUCUUAGGUCAUACAAAUGGUCUACGCGGAUGUCUGAGAGACGUUCGUUAUAAUGCAGUUCCAGAUGUGUUGAGUAGAGCCAGAUGGCGAACAGGCAGGGCUGAUGCUCAUUCAAUAUCAUGGGGUUGUGUAAAUGAAUUUGAUGCACCAAGAGAAUCAAGUAUAUCAUUCCUAGAAGAUGGUGCUUAUAUGGCUAUGCCAAGUGUAUUGACAUCAAGAACUAAUGUCAAAUGGCAAUUUUCCAUUAAAACUAUAUCAGAAACAGGAUUAAUUCUCUAUAACUCUAAAAAAGGUUCAACAUUAAGUAGACAUAAUGGAAAUGUAGAUUUUGUUGGUGUUGAACUCGUUGGUGGAAAAAUUCGGGUUGCUCAAAAUUGGGGUUCAGGUGUUACUGAACUGUAUUCUGACGUCACAAUCAAUGAUGGAGUCUGGCAUUCUGUUAAUGUAGCUAUGGAAGCUGGUGGACUUGAUGUUACUAUUGAUGCACCUAAACACAGAUAUCGCUUAGCCUUCAAUAACUCAGCCCUACCUUCAAAGCAUUUAGAUCUUUCAACUAUUUUAUAUGUUGGUGGUCUUGAAGUAAAUAUGAGAAGUGGAGCAUUAGCCUCUGGUAUGCUUUCGGCAGGUAACAGUUUUAAAGGAUGCGUUCGAGGAAUUUCAAAUGAUGGACGAGCACUUGGUUUACCAGAUGCAUUUGAUACCUUCAAACUUAUAUCUCGUUGUGUUUGGUCAUAUCCUUGCACAGAAAAACCUUGUGUACAUUCUCCUGACAUAGGGUGUUCUCAAGUUGGAAUCAAUUCUUUUAAAUGUACUGGGUGUGAAGAUCACAAUGACCCACAAUGUGUUCGCCAAGAAUUUGUUCAAACGCACAAUACCAUGUUAAAAGUUCCAUUACCAAUUUCCAUAGAAGUAUUGAGUCUAAGCAAUUUGAUUGUUAUUGAAGGAUCUACAGCAACAUUAACUACAUCAAUUAUUAGUUUAAUACUAGACUAUAAUCAUUAUGGAAUUCGAGAAGCAGGUGUACAAUUUCAUAUAGUUCAACCAUUUGCUAAACAUGGAAAAUUGAAUAUUGAUUCUUCUAAAACCUCUAUUGGAACUUCAAUUUCUACAUUUAACAUGCUGAAUAUAUUAAAAAAUGAGGUAAUUUAUGUUCAUGAUGGAUCCGAAAGUACACAAGAUUUAAUAACACUUGAUCUUGAGUUUGUCUCUAAUGAAGGAUUAUUAUUACCUGAUUAUUUAUCAGGUCGUCAAAGAUUUACAUUACCUGUAAAUAUUACUCCAGAAAAUGAUACUCCUACUGUUCGUAUACCUGCUGAUUACAGUUUACUCUUAGCACAGGGUACGUGGAAAAUGUUGGAUAAGGAUAAUAUUGUCAUAAUUGACAGAGAUUCAAGCCCAGAAAGACUUAUUGUAUCUGUGAUGAAUAUGAGUGGUGGCUAUUUAGAUACAACUGACAAUCCAAAUAUUCCUUUAGAAACAUUUUCAGUUGCUCAGAUGAAUAAUGGUUUUAUUGGUUAUCGGCAUACUUCCAAUGAAACUGGACAUUUUAGUUUUAAUUUACAAGUCUCUGAUGGGGAAAAAGAAAGUGCCAUUACAUUGAUACCUGUUAAUGUUUACAGUUUAUUACUGACUCAUGUUCAAAAUACAGGUGCAAUUUUGGCAUAUAAAUCAUCUGUUGUAAUUAGUCCAUCAAAUUUAACAUUUAUUACCAAUGCUGAUGAUCCAUCUCUUGAGGUUACAUUUAAAAUUAUAAAACAUCCAAAAUUUGGAGCACUAAAAUUAAUUGAUGGUGAACGAGCACAAGAUAAAAUCAGUUAUUUCAAUAAUCAUCAAAUUGAAAAAAAACUUGUCAGUUAUGUACAUAACAGUGAAGGUUCUCCAACAAAAGAUUUUUUUAAAUUUGAAGUAUGGGCUGGACAAGUAAAAUUAGGAGACACGUUUAAAUUUGAAUUAAAUUUUGUCGAAGUACAUUUGACUGUGGAAAUGUUUGGUCCUCUUAAAUGGCAAGCAUCUAGUGAAACAGAAGUAAAAAGUGAUUCUAUCAAAGUUCAGACGCAUCCUAUACUUUUACAUCCCAGCUCCAUAACUUUUGAAUUAACCAAGACUUCACAUACUGCUUCCUUAUAUUUAAGAAAUAAACCCUUAGGAGAUGGUGAAAAAUGGACUCAAAAUGACAUAGAUUCUGGGCUUUUGACUUUAAAAUUACACCAUGACACUUACUCUCCAGCAUCGGAUGUAUUUGAAAUAAAAAUAAGCGCACCUCGUUGUCAACCUAUUGUAUCCAAACUAUUAAGUUUUGAGUACACACCAAGUCCAUUACUGCUUCAGGCUGUUUCUGCUUUCAUCCAUCCUCUUGAAGUUAUGGAAGGCAGUUCUUCUCCCUUAACUGAUAAACAUAUUUCAAUUAAAUGUAUUGGUGUAAAUCAGUUACGUUUUGAAAUUUUAUCUGGUCCUGAACAUGGAUAUUUACAUUUACUUAUUAAUAACAGUACAGUUAAAAAUGUAACUGUAUUUACUGAAGAUGACUUGUAUGACAGUACAUUGUCUUAUUCACAUGAUGGAUCUGAAAACAAUCAUGAUCACUUUAAAUUUUUGGCUACUUCAAAAAAUGCCAAUUUUCAAUAUGUCGGUCUAGUUAAUAUUUCUAUUCAACUAACCAAUGAUAACCCACCAAGUUGUUUGACUGAGGAAAAUUUACGUGUAGUGACGGGUGGUGAUAGAACUAUAACUAAUCACAAUUUACAAUGUCAAGACAAAGAUAUUGAUACAGCAGUUGCAUCACUGGUUUUCACUAUAAAUUCUAUUUCAAAUGGAAUGAUCCUAAAUACUGUAAACGAUCCAUUUACAACAGUUAUGAAAUUCACUCAGGAAGAAGUAAACAGUGGAAAACUGAUUUAUCGUGAUGAGUUUUCGGCCAACCAUAGUAAAGUAAAUCGAAUUAGUAUUGUGGAACUUGGUGUAUUUGAUGGAAAACACUCUAUUGAUCUUAAACUUCAAGUUGAAUCGUCGCCACCAUUUAUAAAAGUAUUAAACAAUUCUCAGUUGAUGUUGAGGCAAGGAGGUGCUGCUACUAUUACAACUUAUCAUAUGUAUGCUGAUACAAACUUAAACAUACAUUCAGAUAAAAUUAAUUAUCAAGUAAUAGAAGGUCCUCGCCAAGGAGAAAUUGAGCUUGGUACAAAUCUUGAGCCCUUAAAAACUACGAUAUUUAGUCAAGCUGAACUUGAAGCAGGGCAUGUACGUUACCGGCAUAAUGGUGAUGUAGAAAGUGUACAAGAUAGAGUGUUAUUUCGUGUGUCUGCUGGUAAUACUGUAUCUAGAGAACUAGAAUUUGAUAUUAGGCUUUUACCGCAACAUUAUUGGGAACCCCUUGAAGUCACUAAGAAUUCUCCAAUAAUAGUCGAUGAAUCAACUACAAUUGCAAUUACAAGACAGUACCUUGAGGUAAAACAACAUAUGGUGCCACCUACAGAUAUUAUGUAUUUGGUAAAAAUAUCGCCACGUUACGGAUACUUAGAAAAGGAAGCCAGCGAAGAAGACUCUGGAAAUCCAGAAAAUAAUCAUUUGACCACAUUCAAUCAAAGUCUCAUAAAUAGUGGCCACCUUUAUUAUGUACAAUCAACCAUGAACCAAAGUACUGAUAGAUUGGUUGUUGACAUUACCAAUGGGGUUGUUUCAUUAUAUGGUCUUGUUAUAAGUUUUGUGAUUGUGCCAAAAAAUGUUUAUAUAACUAACUCUCAGUUAAAUGUAAUUGAAGGAGGUAAUGUCACAUUGAGUACCGAUACAUUUCCAGUUAUGAGUUCUUAUUAUACAGAUAGGGUGUCUCGAUAUUCAUUAGUUAGUCCUCCAAACCAUGGACGUAUUGUGCGUACCACAGCUGAUACUUUUGAUCCUACUAUAGACUUUUGGAGUCCCAAGCAACUUGUGAGAUCACAAAUAAUGUAUGUGCAUGAUGGGUCUGAGAGUACUGAUGACAGUUUUUCAGUAAAAGUUACAGUAUCUGAUGAAAAAGAAAGUGCUCCAGUUGAUAUUGAAGUUAAAAUAAAUCCAGUGAACAACCAAAAACCAUUAGUAGUAAGGAAUACUGGCAUUAAAGUUUGGAAAGGUGGAAUCGGACUCAUUACAUCUGACAACUUGACUGUUGAAGACAAAGACACGGACGUUUCCAAUUUGACCUUUAUGGUUUCAUCAUCUAGAUGUGGCCAUGUGAUGUUAGAAUCGCAACAUACUGAAAAAUUUACUCAAGCACAAAUUGAUCAGAAUAUUGUUUUUUUCCAACACACUGGAGAGUAUUGUGAUGGUGAAUUGGAAAUGUCGGCCAGUGAUGGUCCUCAUUCUACUGGAAUGAUACUAUUUCACAUAACAACAGAACAAGCUUCAGUGAAACUUUUAGUCAAUAGUCCACUGCGAGUAUUUCCAAUGCUUGGACGUCAGCUGACCAUUGACCAUUUAUUAGCUCAAUGUGAUGAUCAAAAUUAUCAGGUUACGUAUAUUGUAAGAAAUGCACCAAGAUAUGGUAUUAUAUCUAAGAGUGCUUCAUACGAAGAUUCAAAUCAAAUGGCUUUAACAAAUUUCACACAAAAAAAUAUCAAUGAAUCUGCCAUAUGGUAUCAUCAUAUAUCUAAAUAUUUUUCAAGUAAUUCAACCAAUGAUGUUUUUACAUUUGAUGCAAUGUGUGAGUAUGCUGUUCCGAUUGUUAAUCAAACUUUCAAUCUGGAAAUUACUGUUUCUUCUGGUGGACUUGAAGAACUUUUAAUUGGUGACAAAACCAAAGAACUUGUGGUUAAAGAAGGAGAAUCUACUAUUGUUGAUUUAAAUACUACUGCAAUUUUAACAUUUUUAGUUAACAGCAUUGGAAUUAGGUCACCAAUUAUCAAAAUUGAUCUUACAAAUGAACCCAAGCAUGGAAAGGUAUGUCUUGAUGAUGAUUGUAAACGGCGUACAUUUUCCCAAGGCCAUAUGCGACGUAAUUUAGUGAGAUAUGUACAUGACCAUUCAGAUACUCUUUCUGAUAGUUUAGAAUUUUCUGUGUAUCUAGACAUUGAUCACACCAUUGUACCUUUAUGCAAUGUUACCAUUCCUGUAAGUAUCACACCUGUAAAUGACCAACCAUUUUUUUUAACACAAUCAUAUCCGAACUUAAGACUUGUUCAAGGACAAUCCGUGACAUUAACUAGAUCAGAACUUUUAACAGAAGACCCCGACACACCUCCUGAACAAAUAGUAUAUGACAUUGUAACAGCGCCUGCCUAUGGUACUAUUUGCUUAGCUGGUAUUAAAAAUGCUGCAAGAUUUACUCAAGCUGAUAUUGAUGCUGGUGAAGUAGUUUAUAAACACGACGGGCAGUUCAAACCUACAACAUUUUAUUUCCGUGUGUGGGAUGGCCAGUUCAAUCCAGUCUAUAAGAUCUUCCAGAUAUAUGUCAUACCUGUAACAUUAAAUGUGACUGUAUCAUUACCUCUACCAUUACUUCAGGGAACAUAUGAAACUGUAGUAAACGAAAAACUGUUUCAAGUAAUCACAAAUGGAGACAAAGAUUCAAUUGCUUAUAAUAUCACUAUGAAUCCUAGGUAUGGUGUUGUUUAUGUAAACGGCACUAAAUCAAAAUUAUUUUCCCAUAAAGAUCUAAAGGAUGGCAGAGUAGUUUAUAGACAAACAGAUCUAACUACUGCAGCUGAUGCAUUACGACUAUCUGCUCAGAUGCAUUGUGAAGAAUCACCUAUCAUAAAAGAUUUGCGAUUAAAUGUCAGCGUUGAACCACUUGUAAAAACAGGUGCAUUUUAUCCUUUAUCUGGAUCAAAAUCACAACUUGGCAUUCAAGUUUUAAAUGCUGAAAUGUUAGCAAAAACAACAGGUUCUGAUCCAAAGUAUAAAAUUUUAAAAAAACCAAAAUAUGGGAAGUUAAAAAAGAUCGUUAGAAGAUCUGGAGACAAACAAGUAAUCCGGGAAGUCGAUGUUACUAAUGGCGAUUUCACUCACAGUGAAAUAGCCAGUGGAAUAGUGUAUUUUUUUGCCAAGAAAGUAUUAGAACCAGUAGAAGAUAGUUUUCCUUUUUUAUUGACAGCCAAUGGUGUGCAACCAGCAAUCGGAGAAUUACGAUUUCAUGUUUCUGUAGCAGAACCACCUUCUACUACAAUACCUCAUUUUCCAACUACUACAUUCAAGUAUUCCUCUACAUCUGCUACCAAAAAAUCUGAUAUCGUAGAAAUAGCCAGACCAAAUAUGAGUGAUGAUUAUUUGCUAUGUGUCGGAUUCAUUAUGGCUGUUGUGGUCGCAUCACUCGUUAUUGUAGUGCUAAUACGGUGUCGAUCAAAGAAACGUGCUGAAGAGUUAGACAAAAUGAAUCCUAUGCCGUUGCCGUGUCCACCUGAUGACUUAAUGUCACCGUCACCGAGGAUGGAUAAAAAUGAAAAUCAUGGAUGUAAAGUUAUUGCUUUGGGUCCUCCCGAACACACUGAAACAGAGACUGAUUUUAAUAUGAGGUAUCCAUAUGGCUCUGCCGACGAAGAAUACAGUAGUAGCGCUGAUGGUGCUGAACAAAAUAAUCCAAUGCUAAGAAGGAACCAGUAUUGGGUUUGACGUAAGUAGACAAUAAUGUCUAAACUAUUAUUUUUUAAGUUGGCUAACUAAAAAUAUCUAUGGAAUAUGUUUUAAAUUAUUAUUACUAUUAUUAUUAACGUGUAAAAUUAAUAAUUAUGUUAUAAGUUUAAAAAUAAUUGUAUAAUAAUUUAUCAGUAUACCCAAUUAGAGAUAGUAUUAAAAAUCUAGUCUAUAACAUUUUUAACCUACAUCACUUCUAAGAUAUGUUAAAAAUUAAACUUAACUAAACAUUUUUACAUUAAUUACAGCUAACUAUUGAGUGACCAAAUGAAUUUGUUAAAACAUGUAACACAUUCAAUUAUUAAGCUUAUGUGGUUACGUGUUGAAUGAAAAACAAAGUAUGAUUUAAGUAAAUCAGAAUCUUUGUUUGAAAUUGUGUAUAAUUUUAAUUGUACUGAUAUAAAAAUUGUAACUUUAAAAUGGUUUGUGAAUAAUACAUAAUAA